AUGACAGCGUCUCUAGUUGAUGAAAUGCUUGAACGUAACAAGAAUUUUGCUACGUCUCACAGGCCGUACAAGUUCUUUUCUGAAAGCAUGAGCCGAAAAUUGCCCUCUGUCCUCAUAAUAACCUGUCUCGACCCAAGGUGCAAACCAGAAGAGUUUUUAUGCCUGAAGCCUGGAGAAGCCAUUAUUUUUCGAGUUGGAGGAGGCAGGGUUGCCCCACUCAUCGCUCAAGUCGCUUCAAUGGACUGCUUUGUUGGUGGUUUUAGAGAAGUCAUGAUCAUUCAUCAUACCGACUGCGGAGCUACUUAUUUGACAGCAGAAAAGAUCCAGAGCCACAUUUUGAAGGAAGAGGGAGUUUCCAUCAAAGAUACAAACGGUUUGGUGCUUCCAGUUAUUGUAGAUCUGGAACAAAGAGUUCAUGAUGAUGUCAAGUUAUUGAGGGAAUCCAAAGUCAUUCGCCGCGACUUGAAGGAGUGCAUAAAAGGUUACCUGUAUGAUGUCAAGACUGGACUCGUUGCGCGCGUUUGA